AUGCCCGCAGGGUCGCGCUUUGCAGACGUGGUGCUGCAGGCGGCGCACCAUGAAGGUGUCCUCGCGGACCUGCCGGAGGAGGCGGCGGAGAUGGUGCGCGCGCACGGCCCUAGCCUUGGACUCACGGCGAACCAGGUGGCGCGCAGCAACAGCAUCAAGGGCUUGGAAAGCGACUGGGCGAUGCUGCGGGGGACGCUCAACAAGUUGGAGCGUCUCUUAGCGUUCUUUGGUCUGUUGACCGACCACCGGUGUCUCUGCUGGCAGGCUAAGCAGAGGAGGCGAAAAUGCGCGGAGAAGGCGUGCAAGAAGAAGCGUGGGGCGGGCGAGUGUGAUGGGGAGGAAGAGCAGGGACAAGGACCGCUGGACGUGGUCCGCGGGGUCAUUCGCCGGGUGCUGAACGACACGGCGGACCGACCGUCGGACAGCAGCGACGGCGGCGGGCCGUCCGCGAGCGCCCGGCCAGCUUUCGGACUGACACACAUGACAACGUCAGGCCGGAAAACCGUGCAAGAGACGCUGGCGCAGGGACUUCGGUCGUGGGAGCUGCGAGGGCUCGUUACCGACGAUCGGCCGCGCCACGGAGGGUGCCUCUGCACAGCCAGGGGCGCGACGUUCUGGGACAAGAUCGGGACCGGGCGACUGACCACCGUGUUGACGCUGGUGCUGGCAGCCAACCUGCUCCGGUGCAUUGUGGGCUGGUCUCGGGAGCUCGAGGGCGACCUCCGCGUGUCGUGGCAGUCCGCUGUGGUGGCGUGUCUGUGGAUGACCUUCUGUGUCGUCGCGCUCCCCGUGUUCGCGAUCAACUGGGGCCCAGGCGACCUCGAGGAACUGUUCACGCUCCUCGAGAGCCCCCGGCGGUCUGCGCGGCGCGUCAGGUUGCGGCUUCGGGUGGGCAUCGCGCUUGCGGUGUUUUUCUGGCUGUUCAACAUCAUGCUGUCGGUGGCGCUGCUCGUCAUCGCCACCGCCAACGGAGAGGACCCCGAGGCCGACACGCUCGAGUACGUCCGUGUUUUGGUCUGUCCGGGCAUCAAGGGGUGUACUGACUCGCUCACGAGCCUGUGGAUGUGGGCCAUCAUUUUCAUGCCGAUUUUCGCCAUCAACACGGCGGCGUGGAUCUUCCCGCUCGUCCCCGUGUCCAUCGCCGCCGAGGCCCUCGCCGACGAGUUCGAGGGCAUGGCCAAGCGCUUCGUGGUGUUCGCAAGGUGGCGCAUCGCGGCGCUCGCGCGGGCGUCCGCGGCGGCCGCGGGGGACGCAGUUCCGGCGCCCGGGCCCAAGAUAUCCGUGCACGACAUCAAGCUGCGCCACGCCGACGUCAGCAUCAUCACCGAGAAGUUCGCCAAACAGGUGCACCUCUACACGGCGGCUGUCUUCGGAUUCCAUCUCCCUCUCGGCGUGUUCCUCAUGUUCAACGUGCUGCAGCUCGCCGCGCUGUUCACGGUGCCCGCGCUCCUCCUCACGCUCUUCUGGCUCGCGUCGGGGGUCUUCAUCCUCACGUGGGUCGCCUACAAGGCCGGAAGGCUCUCCGAGGCGAGCCGGAGCGUGCUGCGAGAGCUCAUGGAUCCCCGCAUCCAGGAGCUGCUGGGUCUGGCAUCCGGCGCGCAGGACGAGGUGGCGGAGCACACGACGCUCAAGUCGAUGACGGAGGUCAUCAUGUUCGCGGCGACCAUCAACGAGCGCGCAACCGGGAUCUAUAUCGGGCAUAUUCCCGUGACGUACGAACUGAUCGGGAGCGUGCUGUCUAUCUUGUUGACCUACUUCUUGGUCGUCGUCACGCUCUGA